UUCGAUUUCUCUUCCCUGGGCUGGCUACUCCUACUGCUCCCUCAAACGCAGUUUCCCAUGGUCCCUCCAGCUCCCCAGCUCCACCUCUAGUUUUUUUGAUAUCCAAAUCUCUUUUAACCAAUCUCAUUUUUAACUUUUUUGUGUUUGUGAUUAAAAGUGGCCCUCAACCAUCUUUUUCUUGAUGCAUUUAACAAGAAUUCCAAGUGCAUAUUCAUUUGGUAUAAGAAACCACUGAAGGCUAAAUCGAAGAGAUUGGAGAUUUUUUUCAAGGGUGGUUGCCCUUCUCGGUAUCUUCUUAGCCUUUGAUUUCUUCUCUCCUCUUCUCUUCUUCAGCAUUCUGCAUAUUUUAGGGCCAUUUACUCCAUUACUCCAAGGGCUGGAAAAACCAAGGGCCAUUUACUCCAUUAGAAAGACAUAGCUGAAGUAGCAGCAAUGAGUUCUCCUGGGAUUCAACAUAUCUCACAAUGUUUUAUCAAACCAAAAAACACACCAGAAGAGGCAAAGCAACCGAUUUACUUGUCACAGUGGGAUCUAGCAAUGGCUUGCGCCAACUACAUUCAGAAGGGCCUUCUUUUUGCCAAGCCUCCAGCUUUCGACCGUGAAAAUCAGAUGGAGGACCUCCUGGAGAAGCUCAAGGAAUCUCUUGCUCUCACCCUGGAUCAUUUCUAUCCAUUAGCUGGUCGUCUUGCAACUUUGAAACAAGAAAAUCCCCCAAUUUACUCCAUCUAUGUUGAUUGCAACAAUAGUCCUGGGGCAAGAUUUGUUCAUGCAUCCUUGAACUCGACCAUCGAUGAUAUUAUUUCACCAAUUGACGUCCCAAAAAUUGUUCAAUCAUUCUUUGAUCAUGACAGGGCUAUCAACCAUGACGGUCACACCAGGCCUUUGCUGACCAUUCAAGUCACCGAGUUAAUUGAUGGCAUCUUUAUUGGUUGCUCUGCCAAUCAUAUGAUUGUUGAUGGGACAUCCUAUUGGCAUUUCUUCAACACAUGGUCCGAGAUCUUCAAUGCCAAGGGGCAAAAGAUAGCGAUCUCAAGACCACCUAUCCACAAGCGCUGGUUUCUUGAGGGGCAUGGUCCAAUUCUUAGCCUUCCAUUCACCCACCAUGAUCAAUUCGUACGAAGACACGAGGCACCACAAAUGAGGGAAAGAGUUUUCCAUUUCUCAUCAGAGUCAUUGGCUAAAGUGAAAGCUAAAGCAAAUGCUGAAUCUGACACCACCAAGAUUUCUUCAUUGCAAGCAUUGUCAGCUCAUGUCUGGAGGUGCAUCACAAGGACUCGAAAUUUGCCACCUGAUCAGGAAACAAGCUGUAUGAUGGCAAUCAAUAACAGGACAAGGUUAUGUCCGCCUGUGCCUCAGGAAUAUGUAGGUAACUGUAUUCAGGCGGUGAGAGCAACUGCUGCAGCUGGUGAGUUGCUUGAUCGCGGGCUCGGAUGGUCUUCCUCGAAAUUGCAUCUGGCAGUGCACAACCAUACAGAUGAAAUUGUACGCAACUGGGUUGAAUCAUGGCUGCAAUCGCCCGUCAUUUACCAAGCGGCUGAGCUCAUUGAUCCUUGCAGCGUAUUGAUCGGAAGUUCUCCAAGGUUCAACAUGUAUGGCAAUGAAUUUGGCCUAGGGAAAGCAGUAGCAAUUCGUAGUGGUUAUGCAAACAAGUUCGAUGGGAAAGUUUCCUCAUUUCCGGGAAUCGAAGGAAGUGGAAGCAUUGACUUGGAGAUAUGCCUUCGACCACAUUCCAUGAGUCUUCUUGAGUCUGAUGAGGAGUUCAUGGGGGCUGUCACUUUAUCAAGCUCAAGGGACUAAUCUUGGAGUUCCUUCAGUGUUUAAAAACAUUCAGAUCAAAUCUUGGUUUCUGCCUUAAUGCCUUUGUUGAAAUAAUUCUUGAAUGGAAGUAUCAAUUUUAAUUUAAAAUUUUGUUUAUAAGUUCCAA